GCCCUGAUUUACUCCAUUGGCGUAGAGACUUUUUGUAGCUGUCAGAGAGCUCUGUUGUUAUUUACCCUAUUUUCUGCUGAUACUUAUUUUGCUAUCGGAUUUAUUUGUUGUGUGGUAUUUUUACAUUAUCAAAAUGGUGGACUUUGAUGAUAUUGAUAACCCCUACAAUAUAAAUGGGCCUAACUUCUGCCCGGAAAUGUAUGUCCAGAAGCUUUUAAAGGGAAGCAGUCUUAAACAGGUGAUGGACAAAGAGGCAGAUAUAGUAAGAGACACUCAAUCUUUACACUCUGACAUGCAAACAUUGGUGUAUGAAAACUAUAAUAAAUUUAUAUCUGCGACUGAUACAGUGAAAAAGAUGAAACGUGACUUUAGAGUGAUGGAAGACGAGAUGGAACAAUUAGCAGCUAAUAUGGAGGAAAUUACAAAAUCCUCACAGCAAAUAUCUUCGACUUUACAGGAUACAAGGCAACAAUUUACCAAACUGUUGGGUGUGCAUUCAUUGCUUAAACGUCUUCAGUUCUUAUUUAAAUUACCAGCCAAAUUAUCAGCUCGUAUCAAAGAAGAGCAAUAUGCUCAGGCCGUCCAAGAUUAUCUUCAUGCUCAAAGAGUACUUGAGAGAUACGGCAACAUGGCAUCUUUCCAAGGAAUUCAAAAAGAUUGUGAGAUAAUUCUUGGAGAUCUCAAACAAAGAUUGCGAGACCAAUUUAAAAACAAGGAGGCAAGUGCUAAGGAUUUAGCCAAAGCUGUAGAUCUUCUGUUACAACUAAGUGAGCCAGCUGAUCAGUUGUGUGCAGAAUUCCUUGCCCAUGCAGAAACCCGUCUAGAGGAGCAGUUAGGAUUACUGGAAAAUUUCCAAGAACAGGAUCUCUUAGAGUUUGUUGAUAUGGGGAGCAAAGGAUUCUUAAGUGAUUUGUGCUUAGUUGUUGCAUCUUACAAUGACAUGUUUAUAAAUAGAUUGGCUCCAGAAAUGCAUUCCAGUGAUGACUUUGAAACAUUAGCUACCGGGCAGUUGAGUAAAUUUGUAAUGGAGAGAAUGGAAAAGUAUUUUGCUCUGGUAAGCAGUAGAGUAGAAAAGCAACAAGAUGUGGGCGAAACUUUAAUUCUAGUUCGAGCACUUGAUCGUUUUCAUCGACGGCUGCAGGCCAUUAAUACCUUGUUCCAACAUACUGAUUUCACACUAACAGGUACGAAUAUUGCCCUGAAGGCAGGCAGACGCCAGUGCAAAAUUCACCUACAAGCUUUGAAAGGUCAUUUCUGGGAGGCAUUGACAAGAGUACGACAGACCCUUGCAGCCACCAAAGUGGCGGGUCAGGACAAAGACGGGCCAAGUUUACAGGAGUUAUUGACAAGUCUUGUUCUUGCAACAAGGGUGAAGGUUAAGAAUGUGCUUCAAGAUCUACUGGUGUUCCUUCAACCUGACUUAAUGUUUGCUAUGAAACCAAUGUUUCGUGAAGCAUUCUGUGUGGAUGGUGUGCGUGAGGGCCUAGUUGUAGGAUUUAUGCACCACCUUACAGCCACAGCUCGUGGCUUUUGUGCUCCUGGACAUCACAGUGUCCCUCCAGCUCUACUACUACUGCUCUCCAAAAUGUGCCUUGAUUUUGAAAGCACGUGCGUCAGGGAAUUGCUGAGUCACACUGAUGACUGUUUUGAUGCUGGAGUGGGCAGUUCAUCCGUGGUGACUGCUCCAAAUGAGUUGUGCACCAACAUGCGAGCUGCAGCCCAAGACCUUCUUAAUCAUUAUGUCAGAAUGCAAGGUUUAAUUGUCUCCCAGAUGUUGAGAAAGUCAGUGGAAACCCGUGACUGGUUACACACAAUUGAGCCACGCACUGUACGAGCUGUAAUGAAACGUGUUGUAGAAGAUGUUGCUGCGAUGGAUGCUCAAGUAGGCCUGUUGUAUGAGGAAGGCCAGCGGGCUGAGAGGAGCUCAGAUUCUAGCCGGCGCACCCACAGCAUGAGUGUGUCCCGUCAAUUCAGGCCAAACUGGUCAUCUUAUGCCUCAAGCCAACUUGACCAAAGUGCCAUUGCUACAAAUAUUCAUAAACUGUUCUCUGAACGCAUUGAAAUAUUUUCCUCUGUUGGAUUUUCUAAAGUAUCUAUUUUGACUGGAAUAAUUAAAAUUGGAUUGAAGACGUUUAUUGAGUGUGUGAGAUUGAGGACUUUUAGUCGAUUUGGUCUGCAGCAAAUACAAGUUGAUACACAUUAUCUCCAGCUUUAUCUGUGGAGAUUUGUGGCUGAUGAAAAUUUGGUCCUCUUCCUCCUUGAUGAAGUUUUAAGCUCUACAGUUCACCGAUGCCUUGACCCUGUUUUAAUGGAGCCGAGUGUCAUGGAUAUUAUUUGUGAGCGAGGAUGAAUAUUGCAAUUCGUAACUCUCGCCUGUCAUGAUUUUACAGGCUACAUCUGUAGAAUCUCGUUGUUGAUUGAGUGUAGUAAUUUAUUUGACUGUUGAGCUUUGUGACAUUUUAAUUAAACCAUUUGUUAUCAGAA